AUGGAGGAGAGAGAAGGAACUCACCACAACAACAACAUGACAACCAGUUUUGGUCUGAAACAACACCAUGAAGCUCCUCCUCCUCCUCCUCCUGGUGGGGUCUACCAUAUGGACCCACCGCGGUCCGAAAACCCUAAUCCCUUUCCGGCGGGAUUAGCCGGCACCGCCGUCGCAUCCGCCUCCGUCGCGGCGGCUAAAGGGGUGACUGAGAAUGCAGCUCCUCAGUUCAGCUUAACAAUGCCGGUGGAGAAUUCGUCCUCUGAAUUGAAGAAGAAGAGAGGGAGGCCGAGAAAGUAUAAUACCGAUGGCUCACUGGCCGUGACUCUUUCUCCGAUGCCAAUCUCCUCCUCCGUUCCUCUGACGACGGAGUUUGCUUCUCGGAAACGAGGAAGAGGACGUGGAAGAGGCAGAGGGAGAGGAAGAGGACGAGGACGAGGAGAGCCGCCCAGUAACAACAACAACAACAACUACAACAACAACAACAAUUGGCUUAAGAAUCCACAGAUGUUCGAAUUCGACAACAAUCCUCCUCCUGUUGUAGGAACUGCAGAACUUGUUGGGGCGAGUGCGAGUUUUACGCCUCAUGUGCUUACAGUAAACGCCGGCGAGGAUGUGACGAUGAAGAUAAUGACAUUCUCUCAACAAGGCUCUCGUGCUAUAUGCAUUCUGUCAGCAAAUGGUCCCAUUUCGAAUGUUACACUUCGUCAGCCUCUGACAUCUGGUGGUACUGUCACUUACGAGGGUCAUUUUGAGAUUCUUUCUUUGACGGGAUCAUUUGUUCAAAGCGAGAGUGGAGGAACCCGAAGCAGAGCUGGUGGGAUGAGUGUGUCUCUUGCAGGACCAGAUGGUCGUGUCUUUGGUGGAGGACUCGCCGGUCUCUUCAUAGCCGCUGGUCCUGUUCAGGUAAUGGUAGGGACUUUUGUAGCCGGUCAGGAGGAAUCGCAGCCGAUAAAGAAGCAAAGAAGGGAGAGACUCGGGAUCCCUGUAACAACACAAGCUUCUAACAUCUCAUUUGGUGGCUCAGCGGAAGAUCCAAAGGCUAGAUAUGGACUCAACAAGCCUGUUGUUAUUCAGGCACCACCUAUGACGUUUUCGCAUGAGCCAAGCACUAACGCGGUCCAGGGUUACUACACAAAUAGCACAGCUAACCAUAUCAAAGAUCUCUUCUCUUCUCUUCCAGAAGAUGAGGAAGAAGAUGAAGGUGAGGAUGAUGAAGAUUUCGGAGGCCAUAGCGAAUCUGACACCGAGGUUCCAAGCUGA